AUGGCCCCAGCCCUACCCCCAAACAUCGAAAUCCAACCCCUGCUCAUCACAGACCUAAGGGAGGUCUACCAUCUCGCCGAUGUCGCCUUCCACGCAAACAACCGGCUGCUCUACACCGGAAAACUAUCCCCAUCCUCAAUUUCAAAUCUAGUGAUCAGCAGGGAAAAGGCUUUUACGGAGAAACACAUCACGGCCUUUAAAGUCGUCGACUUGUCUGGGUCUGCGUCUACUUCCGUCUCUUCCCCGUCGAAUGGGGACGGAGAGGAGAAACUCGAGGACAAAGGCAGGAUAAUCGGGUGGGCACAGUGGGCAGUCUACGAAACGGAUCAAGUCGCCGACAAGUCCGUCGACGAGAUUGUCGGGGCGCGGCUCGGUCUCGAUAUCCCCGAGUUGAGGAAGGAGAUCGCGGAGCCCUCUUGGAGGAUGAUCCAGGAAGGGAAGAGGGAAGUUCUAGGUAUUUCGCCUACAGACAGGGGAUAUGGGAAGGGGGUGACACUGAGACGGAGGGUUGAGUUGGAGGGACUCUGUGUGCAUCCCGAGUACCAGAGGAAGGGCAUAGCCAGGGAGUUAGUGAAGUGGGGGAUUGAGGAGGCGGACCGGCUGGGGUUGGAUCUUUAUCUUGAGGCGACAGAAGAGGGCAGGCCUGUUUAUGAACGGGCUGGACUUGACCCUGUCAAGGAAGAGCGGUUCGAGUGCGAAUUUGGGGCGGCAUCGUUCACUUUUAUGAUACGCCCGGCGCGAACACAGUCUAUUGAAGAGGUCCCCAAUUAG